AUGGAGCACCCUGAUGCUCCACCUCCGCCGUACUCGGAAACAGAUAUCUACUCUACGCCGGGCAACACGCCAUUGACAAGCAGUGGCUCCAACAACCAUGCCGACAAUGCGUCCAUUGCUGCAUCGUCCUCGCACAGCAACAUCAUCUACACCCCGCCGGACACGCCACGGGAUUCGCAUUACGACUUUGCCAGCACCGACGACGUCCAAACCACAGCAUCUGCGCAAGUCUACUUUGACUCCCGACCCAUAUCGGGGCCACCAGGAAAUACAGCAAACGUAGUUCAUGAAAUUAGAGUCUCCGAUGACCCGUCGCCAGGGGAUUUCCCAUACCCAAACUGGGCAUCUGCGCGGGAUGUCACCCUAGGAGACUGGAGGACUUUUAUCAACUACUUGAUCCCUGACUAUGCCGAGAAGACCAACGCUGCUAUUAUCGACCGCAAGCUUCAGGCCGAGGAUGAUGCGCGGUCCACCGCUUCCACGCGCGCUGCCACGGAGGCGCAACUCGACCAGCUCCGAACUUCCAGCCAGCGAAGGCGGUUUGAGGAUACUGUGCGCGAGUGGAACGUAGGCUUCUUUGCUCCCAGAGGAGCAACGAUCAAGCUCACCAGUGACUCCGCCGCCGAGCCAAAGGCUAGGAUGCCCGGUGAGUGGAACAGCACAUUCGAUAGCAAUGCCAGCCGAGAUGCGCCUAUGGCCGGCCAACAGCCUGAACAGCGAGGUGGGUGGCGUGGCCUGUUCGGCAACAGGUUCGGGAUGAACAUUCAUGACCGCGGCUUGCAAGUAGGGCCGAUCUCGAUCGAUGGGGAUCGUGUGGCCAUUGGCAAUGCUUUUGAGGUUGACAGCCGAGGCGUCCGCUGGCAUGGCCGGGACGUGAAUGACAGCUUCCACGGUGGCCACGGCCGCGGUCACGGAAGAGAGUGCCACGACCAUGGCCGCGGCCGUGGAGGCGGGCGACACGACAUCCAUGAUCAUCGCCACGGCGGACGGGGUGGUGGCAAGCAUCGAUCCAGAUCGAGCAGCUGUAGCACGACCUCAUCUUCCUCCUCCGACUCGACUGUCUCUUCCGUCGGCUCGCUGCCCGACUGGGACGAUCUGCGGGAUUCGCAGAUCCCCGUGGCGAGGACGUCCGUUCAAGCCUGGCUGAGCCAUCCUGACCAGCCUGUCAGCAAGGCCGACGUGAAGAGAGUGAGAGCCGAGAUCAAGGCCGCCAAGUCCCUGCCGAAGCCCGCUGCCGGCAUAACCAAAGUCGACAAGGAAGAGAUCAAGGUGCUACUCGAACAGUUCAAGAGCCUCAAGAAGACGCAGAGGGCGACGCUCCGGGCCGCCAAGAAGGAGAGGAAGGCCGAGAGGAGGGCGCAGCGCAGAGCCAGGCGCAGCAGGAGCCGCGCGGAGCGGAAAGAGGGCCGGCGACAAAGGCGGGAGAUGGGGCGUGCUGAAAGGGAAGGCGAGAGACAGCAACAGAACGGGGGUGAUUUUCCUCAGUCAUCGUUCGCGCCGUCGCAUGGCCCCGUGCCGGUCCCUGGCAUGCCCCAUAUUCCCCCCGUCCCCCCCAUGCCGGUCAUGGCACCCGUACCACCCGUUCCGCCGAUGCCGGGCCACGGCCCAGACGCAUUCUUCGGCCCUGGCCGUUCAGGGAUGCCUGGGUUCUUCGGCGGGUUUGGCAACGGACGCGGCAGCCACUUUGGCCCCUUCAGCGGCUUCGGCUCCGGGCGACGCAACAAAAACGCCUACGCCGCCGCCUACGAGCAAGCCGUAGGUGCACCGGCGCGGGCUGACGCCGCGCGGACGCGCGAGGCCGCCCUAGAACAGGCGGCCAAGGCGAGGGAACAGGCGGCCCUGACACGCGAGCUCGCACUCGAGGAGGCCGCCAGGAAGCGGGAGGCGGCCUUUGCUCAGGCUGCCAGAGACAGGGAGGAGGCGGCCAUGAAGCGCGAGGCCGCGCUGGCACAGGCGGCUAGAGCGAGGGAAGACGCAGCACGGAAGCGUGACAUCGCCCUCGAGGAGGCUGCGAGGAAGCGGGAAGCAGCGCACGCCCAGGCACAGGAACAGGCCGCCCGCUCCCGCGGGGAGUCCAGCCGCCGUAGGGAGGGUGCCGCAGCCCUGAGGGCGGCCGCCUGGGCAUCGGCUGCCGAGGUGCGGGCCGAGGCGUGGAAACACGCCAACGCGGCGCACGCCCGGGCAUGGGGCGGCGAGCCGGCCGGGCCCUCUGGCUCCGGCACCGGCUCCGGUCAGGGGCAGCAGGCUCGGGAGACUCAACAGGGUUCGGCGGCCAAGUACCAGGCCGCGGAGCAGCUGGAGGCGCAGAUCCACACCAAGCGGGUUACCCUGCAGGCGUUGCAGCAGGAGGUCCAGGCCGAGGGCAUCGCGGCUGCGCAGGCCGGGCUGGGCGACGCCAAGAAGAGCGGGCCGAGCCAGGCGCAGCUGGACGCCGAGACGUUGGAGGGCGAGAUCGACGCGCUAAGUGCGCAGGUCGAGCGGCUGAGGAUCGAGGCGGAUGGCGAGUUUGCCGCCGAGAGUGAGAGGGACUCUGCCAAGUAUGCGUGA